AUGGCCAGCCUGUCCAGGCCAGCUUGAGCCCGAGGACUCCCUCAGGCUCUGGAUUACUGCUCUAGGGGCUAUAGCCCCAGACCUCAAGAGAGUGGCAUGUCACAGGAGGCCACAGGGGUACCAGCCAUGCCAAGAGCGGGGCAUGGCCAGACUAAGGCCAAAGCAGGGUUGCUUCUAGGCACUGACAGGAAGGGGAGCCGCCUCAGCAGGACAAGGCAGGAGCUGUGGGACAACACCAGGUGGAAUGAUCACAGGUCGAGCAGAGCCACCGCUGCCCCUCGAGGGACCAGAGCUAAGGGAACAGCUCAUGGCAGGAGUGAAGUCAGCCCUGAGAAUGCAGCUCGGGAACGGAGCCGGGUGAGGACGCUGCGCCAGGCCUUCUUGGCCCUGCAGGCUGCUUUGCCCGCCGUGCCACCUGACACCAAGCUUUCCAAGCUGGACGUGCUGGUGCUGGCCACGAGCUACAUAGCCCACCUCACCCAAACCCUCGGCCACGAGCUGCCCGGCCCUGCCUGGCCGCCCUUCCUGCGUGGACUCCGGUACUUACAUCCCCUCAAGAAGUGGCCCAUGCGAUCCCGUCUUUAUGCAGGAGGCUUGGGCUGCUCCAGCCUGGAUUCCACUCCAGCCACCGCUGCCAGCCAGAGAACCAGGGACGAACAGGUGGGGGCCCAGGUCUCUGUAGACACAGAUAUCCUCCUCCUCUCUGACCCGGGUAGCAAAUGACCAGCGCGCUCUCAAGACUGUGAGUCUCGCUGAAGGACCUGUCUUCCCCCCUGAUUCUCGGCCUUGACUCGGGGCUCAGCUCUCAAGCCCAGGCUCUGCUUCCUUCCGGCAGGCAGAAGAAGCAAUGGUGACGUCAGUGGUAGAGAGGACGGAGGGGACCCAGGAUGAAGACCUCCACCUUUGACUCUUGGAAGGGGACAUUCCUGGCACUUCUACGGUGGUGACAGGAAGUGAAAGAGCGAAGUGCGUGGCGUGGUUCUAAGCUAGGGAAUCACCCUCCCCUGUCUUUCCUAGGCCUCUUCACCCAGCAGAAAGACAGAAAUUACUCGGCUGGCGCGGGCGGGGGAGGCUGGAAAGCGGCAGCCCCAGGUGCUCUGUGGGUAUCUUGAGAACAUGAAGGGCUUUUGGUAGCAGUAAGUGUGAACGUCUCCAGGUCACACGGUAACAAACCCAGAGAGGAGGCUGAAGAAUGGGGGGUGAUUUUUUUUUAAUUGCCCUACAAGAUGCUUACUCAACAUCAAAGAGGCAGAAUUUAGGGUCCUUGUCCCUGGGUUAUGGUUAUGGUCUCUCCAGCUGCCCCCCAUCACCACGUCCCCCACCGGGGCCCUGCACCCUUUCAUUUUUCCCUAGCACGAGUUCUGUCUAGAGAUGAAGCCAUCACACUUACAUGGCUGACAUUCCAUGGGAACUUAGCUGGUCCUGGCUGUCUGGGGGGAGAUCAUUUUAUCCCAAAGGCAUCUCUACUUUCACUCAAAGAGGCAGCCACUCACAGCCCUGCCUACAAAGGGUGUCACCGAUGCUCAGCUAUCGCCUUGAAGGGCCUGAAACAGAGCAUGCAUGUCUUUCUCGUGGGACCACAGCCACAAUGUUCAUUUCUGUUGUUAGAAACCUCACCUCAAGGGAAUACGAGACAAGGUGGGCUUUAGCGUGCUUUCUAUGCUGUCAUGGAUUGGGGCUUCGUUUGGUUUGGUAUAAUCUACACAGUUCUAGAAAUCAGUUACCAAGGCCAACUUCUCACCAAUGCUUUGACAUCCCAGGCUCACCCAGAGUCCUAGUACAGGGUGUCAAAAAUUUGCUAUAGCUUUAGCAACGAUUGUCCUUGGCCCUGACAAAAUAAUUGGAGGACAAAGCAUGCAAUGAGAUGGGUCUUCCAAGUCAGAUGUCGUCAGAUUGGCCCCUGAGGUCUAGACAUGGAAGAACAGCCUUCCUGUCAAACUUCAGUAUCCGAGGCCAACUAGAGUCCCAACAGGGCGAUCGGAGUUGGGUGGAGGCUUGGGCAGGCUGGAAGGGACUGGGUCUGCUCCUCCAAAGGGCUGACCAGGACAUCCGGGGAAAGGGGGUUGGGGGGUGUGUGACUCAGAGAGCUGUGGUGGAGCUGGAAGACACAGAACGUCCCAUUCUGAGCUGCAUGGAUGGGGAGAACAGCUGGGCUGUGGCUGGGAGCCACUGCAGAAGGCCUCAGCCAAGGCCAAACGCAUAAAUCUGCCUGGUCCCACAUUUCUGCUAAGAGACCCUGAGAACUUGCACGGAGCUGAUGCGGGCAGCUGGACGGGGCCAGGCAGGGGCAAGGACCAGGUGUGGGAGGGCAAGAGCAGCAUUCUUCACAAGACCAUAAAAGUCCAGCCUGGGGGUUCUAUUUUUAAAACCAAAUCGCAGCAUCUCCCCGGGUGAGUUGGAGGGGUAAAAAGGUCAUAAUUCCCUCCCAGCCACUGGUCUCUGGACAGGCAGGGACUUGGCUUUGGCAUGUGCCGGGAGUCCCCUCAGAGCCUAGAGCAUCUCUCAGUGAAUGAGCAGAGUUUGAUUUAGAACUAUCCGUGUCCACCCUGUCUAGACUCAAGCUGUUGCCUCACCUUGACAGACCCCGCAGGGCUGGACACAUAACAGUACCUGGUGGAAAAGACAGGAUGAAACUGGCAGAGGAUUGAGUGAAGAAGAGCAAGCCCAUCAGGAGGUUUUGGGCUUUUGUUUUGUUUUUGGCAUGGCUCACCAUGUAGCCCAGGCUGGCUUUGAAGUUGAAAUUCUUUUGCCUUAGCAGGGAUGAAGGCACAGUCAGCCUGGGAGUUAGAGGGGCUGGCAAUGGGAGUCAAAGGAAAGCCCAGGACAUGACUGGGGCCUCACCCGCCACAGGGUCUCUCGUUGGCCUGAAGCUCACCAAACGGGUUAGACUGGCUGGCCCCCAGCAUGCCUCUCUGCCUCCUUAGCCCUGGAACUGCCAAGCAUGCAUCUCUGUGCAGUUGGCCUCAUUUACAUGGGUCCUGGGGUUUGAACUUGGGUCUUUAUGCUUACAAUGCAAGCACUUCUCAGAGUGAGCUGUCUCCUCAGCCCCCUCUUUUUCUUUUUCUAUUUUUUUUUUGUAAGACUGGGUCUCAUGUAGCCCAGACUGACCUUCAAAUCACUAUGUAGCCAAAGGCAGCCUUAAAGCCCAGACCGUCAUCCUUAUACCUCGUUUGUCACCACGCCUGGAUCAAUACAUGUCUUUGAUUUGUUA